GACCCCUGAAACCGCCAUGCGCGGCGGCGCCGGCAUCUCCCAGGUUCCGCGUUCUCGGUUUCUGCGCGGUAGGGGCCCCUCCCAUCCUUGCUUCCCGUCCCUUUCGCGUCAAUGUCACGCACGCCGAUUUCUUGACGUCGGCUCUCCUAUGCCCACAUUCUUUCUCGAUAUCAGCAUCCGCAUCCCACAUCGGAGUCUGGCCUGACGAUACCCUCGCGGACCUUGAACCAUUAUGAUUACACCAUGGUGGGGAAAGGGGACUACGACGACAUAUUCUGGAUCACAGCCGUCUCACUUCCGCUUCCCCCAUGGCCGAAUCAAGUGACGCUGUCCAAAGCAAUUCUUCUUCAUCCUGGCAAUGCAAAGAAAGUUGACAGAUUUGUCGAGUUGAAGACCUUGUCCGACCGUCAAGAGCGCAUACACAUUAACCUCGUCAUUCUUUUCCGGCUUCUGUUAAGAUGUCAACAUCUGGCCUUCGAUCGCACCCGUUUUUGGGACUUCAUACGCGAUCACUGGGGUGUGUAUAAUGCCAGCUCUCGAAUGGUCGAGGACCUUGCAGAAACCUACUCGGAUCGUCGCCGCGUAUACCUGGAAACCCCUAAAAUUCACAAGAAGCGCCAUAACUUCCUAAGUAAUCUCAUCGACGCGUGGAAUUCCCGAGAUCCUGACCCGCCAGUCGGUGCCCAGCCGACAACCCAGGAACUUCAGGAAGAGUGGAAAUACGUUGAGGAGUCAUGGUCAGAGCUGAUGAAGCAUGACCGGAUGUCUAUCAUCGAUCCAGAUAAUCCUCCCAUAUAUGGGGCGUUCUCCAUCAAGAAGGGUACACCUUCGAGCUUUCAGAUAAGAGGUGGAAGCAUCCGCAGCGCCGGCAAGGAUCUGGCCUCGCGCAUAUCGGUACCAUCAGUCCAGCGUCAACGUAGGGACUCUUCCACUAGCGCCCACCUCCAGAUGAUACCUUCUGGGAAGAGCCUUCCACGCACCUCGAUUCCAACACCGGAUAGGCAACGCAGAGCUUCUCUCGGCUACGAUAACAUCAGGCCGUCUACUCCGGUUGCUUCAGAAAGCACUAUUGAUGACCUCAUUCAAAGCCAAGGGCGGAAAAGGAAACCUUGCCCUGAAGCGCCCGACUCCUUGAAAAGGCAAUGCCUCCCGGGAUCGCCGUCCUGCUCCCCGCGACUGAACUCGCAGCUCACCCCUUGUCACGAGGAACCCUCUAGCCAAGUAAUGAGCAGCCAAGACCAUCGACGAACACCAACUCACCAUGGGGCAGCAGACUCGAUGCUUGAUGCAAGUCAGCAUUUGACUGAAGAACAACACAAGACAUAUGGCCCGCACCUGGACGACCUAGCCACUAUCGGACACCAGAAACAGUCGCACUAUGGCGAUGAGCUACUCCGACUGCUCGAAACCAGAGUUGGACAAAGCGACGAGACCAUGCAGCUCUUGAAACAGCAAGCAAGCCUCGUUAUGGAAUCUGAGGAGCUUUCAAGGGAUAUCCGAAAAGCACACGACCAGCUCAACCUGCUCACUGCUUCAAAGUGCCAAGAUGCCCUACAAAAGUUGGAUGUGCUCAGUGGCCAGAUAAACAGCCUUGUUGUAGAGAUUAUGACAUGUCGCAAGUCGAGCCAAAAAAUUCAACAACGACAGCAAGACCAGCAUGGCCUUAUCAAAAGCUUCGAAGGCGAUUUGAAGACGUUGAACCAAGAGAUGAAGGAAGUAAAAAAUGGGUUUCUUUCCAACACAGAGUCGUCUCAAGCCUCCGGGGCAAGCGACAAGACCAUCAGAAUAGGAUCAGAAGGUCGAAAAGGAGUAGAUACUCAGCAGAGCAUCCGGAUGGAGACACGGCUAGCCUCAUUGGAAGAACGGAUGGGCGCGCAACCUGAAUCAACCCUGCCGCCUCCAGAGGGCUUUGAAGACCGCCUUAAGAGGAUAGAAAGGGCCAUCGCCGACCACGUACCAAAUGCUGAUUACAUGCCUCGAAUCAUAAAGAUGGAGGAGGCUAUCGCCAUCAGCACAACCUUGAUUAAUAACUGCAGAACACUCGUUGAUGUUAGCAAAACCUCCUUGGAUCAGCACCUAGGCACUCUGUACAAUCGCAUCGCAAUGGUGGAGACCCACCUCACGAACCACGUUGCCGAACAGGCGGAAGCAAAGAAAGAACAGGCCAAGAGAAUGGAUCGGAUCGAGGCCGAGCUUCAACGGCAAAAGGAGACAAUAUCGACACAGCAGCAGCCUCAUCCCGGCCGUCAGCAUGCAACCGAAAGUAGCGAUUUCCAAGCCCAAUUGAAUGCGCUUAAGAGCUCAUUGGCUGCUCUGGCGAGAGGUCAGAGCAUGGAAAAUGCUGACAGAACGUCGACAAUACCAUUAACGCCGGCAACCCCAUUAUCGCAGGUCAACCAGAGCUCCCUGAACCGGCUUCCGAGGUCAGUACAGAAUGGAAUGCCAGCUGGCCCGACGAGGCCCCAAUACAACGCCGCAUCCAUGAAGGACGAGACUUGAGUCAAACACUGCACACUAGCGACCAACUUUCAACACUCCCAAUAGCGAUGCCCGCCAUUGAAGGAAUCGGACGCAGCAUUUCAUGUCACAGUCGACCAGAACAAGGAUGUGCUUCCGAUCUUAGGACCCAGGGACAAACCAAUUCAAGAAAUAUGCGACAAGGAAGUAUAUUCGGAGAAUCAUCAUGGACGGAUUACCCAUCCUAGAACGUCCUAGGAACAAUUUGUCUCCAGGUUAACCAGGGUCGGGGAAAAUGAUUACGAUUGCCUUCUUCGU